AUGCCUUACACUGAUGCUGUAAUCCAGGAGAUACAGAGGAUGGGAAACAUCAUUCCUCUCAAUGUGGCCCACAAGAUGACCAAAGACACCACCCUGGAUAAAUACUCAAUUCCAAAGGGCACCUUGGUCAUUCCUUCACUCCACUCUGUCCUCCAUGAUGAGUCGAUGUGGGAGACUCCACAGUCCUUCAACCCUCAGCACUUUCUAGACAAGGAUGGUAAAUUUAGAAGGAGAGAAGCCUUCAUGCCUUUUUCUGCAGGUAAACGUGUGUGUCUUGGGGAGCAGCUGGCCAGGAUGGAGUUAUUCCUCUUUUACACUUCCCUCCUUCAGAGGUUUAAAAUCUCACAUCCCCCAGGAGAGCCGCCCCCAGCCUGGAGUACAAAUUAG